AUGACCACCGCAGCGGAGCAGCAGAUUAGCCAGGAUGAUAAUCAAAAUGGCGCCGACACCGAGCCUGUCGACGGGUCUCCGGAGAAGGAAGAAGAACCCUCCAAGGAAGAAGAACCCUCUGUGGAACCGGAAAUCGCAAAACUCGACAUUGAGUACAACCAUCUGAAGCAAACCUGGGACCGAUUCCAGAAUUUCGUCCCGUCCGGUGACCGUCUGACCUUCGAGGAAGACCCCCAGGAGCCUGCAGAUGUUGUACGCGUCGUUGAACAGGCGGUGGAUUUCUGGACGUCAUGUAAGCAGCGGCAUCUGUUCCAGAACGUAAUUACCCUGGCCGAUCUCUUUGCUCGCACUGUCGAUUCGCACGCUUCCAUGACCGAAGUCCUGGACGACUCGACGGCGUACUCGUCGUUAUUGUAUAGCGUGCUGCAGUCCAUCAUCAAGGCUUCGACAAGGCAAUAUCGAGUCGCCGAGGGGUUCCUGUCGUCUCUCGUCAAGAUCAAUCAGGCGGUUCAAUCGUCUCUGGAAGAGUUGAAGGCUUGUCAAGAGCCCGAUAAUGUUGCCCUUCGCGUUGCGACCCUCUAUUGUCAGAUCUUUCUCUUUCUUGGCGAGUUCAUGAACCUCUACGUCGCCAAGGGGAUGUGCCGGCAGCUCUACAGCCAUAAUGAAGACUUCCAGUCCGGUCUUCAGGGUUUGGUCCAGAACAUCAAGGACAGUGCCCGCGCGGUCGUGCGGGAAUCAAACGGUUGUAUCAUUGAGCGGCCACUAACAUGCCCAUCUGAUGCGCUCAAUGAGGUUCGUCUCAAGCAAGCAGGGCUGGAAGGCCAGGAACGCCAAAUUGCAGCCCAGACCACAUUUGUGCGACAACAGAUAUGGGAUGCUCGGCGGCACAUCAACAGGACAAAGGAGUUGGUAACGGAGCGGGGAUCGAUUCUGGCAGACCUGGUUUCCUCCUUGCGGUCUCAUCUACCCAUUCCUGAAGAGGUCGUGGUGCAGACUGUAGAGUCUAUGGAUUUCACGCCAGAUGACAACUGUACGGGUGAUGGUUCCUCGAUUUCCAUUCUUCUUGCUAAUUCAUGCUCUGUGCCACAAGGUUCCGAAGGCUUGGACUCGCCACCACUGAAGUCGAGCUCGAGACGGAGAAUCACCAAAUUUCAACUGCAGUUCGAUUCUCGAGACCUGCAAGAGCGGUUCAGUAACGAUGAUCAGGUCCAGGAGUUUGGAUCGGAGGUUCGAUUUUCUGUCGAUCCUGACACUGCCAUGGCAUUGUGCGAGUGGACCAGCAGUCCUCGAUCACAGCCGCUUGCCAUCGCCAGUCCCCAACCUGUCGCCCACCCCAACGAUAUGACCCAGCUCUGCGCAUGCUACGUCUGGCUCGCCCGGCAGAAGAAAAUUCCGGUCAUCUCACAUUUCUGCCUCUCCGACGAGGAACCAAAUUCUGAAAAAGGGCUCGUUGCUCUGGCCUACAGCCUGAUCCGGCAGUUAAUGGAGGUGGCUCCACCGAUGCUGGACUGUGACAGCGAGUGCGACCUGAGCGCAGACCGGUUCCGCCGAUUUGACGGCACACUUGACUCUUGGAAGGACGUGCUGUCGGUGUUGGACACAUUGCUUUGCUUUGCGCCGCCAAUCCUGUUCAUUGCGAUCGACGGAUUGGACGUGCUCGAAGACUCUAACACCGAAGACCACCUUCAGUCUCUGGUGCAGAUCCUGGUCUCUCAUACGACAGGUCAUGCCGCCUCGUUGGUCGAGCACGGAGUUGUGAACGGAGUUGUGAUUCCGCAGGGGACGGUGCUGAAGCUGUUGUUCACUUCGGCGGGGCGAAGCCGUGCCCUGCAGACCGUUGUCGAGGACAAGCAGCUGCUAUGCACCGAUUCCCUGCGUGUCACGGAGCUGUCCCCAGCCACGGAUCAUGACUCAUCGCCGCCGGAUGCAGACACUGUCAUGGUGGAUAUAUGA